AUGAUCGUCUGCGUUGCCGUCGUCGGCCAACAGGUACGACUUGAAUUCGCGCGGAGCUUCAAUGUUUACUCUACCCCUCUGUAGCCAGGGGCUUCCUGGGCACCGAUCUGAUUAUACCUUGUCUCUGCUCUCUGUGCACUUCAGAACAACCCGCUGUACCUGCAGAGCUUCACGGAUGGGGAUGACGCGCUGAAAUUCCACCACAUCGUCCACUGCUCCCUCGAUGUCGUUGAGGAGAGAGGUUCGGCGAGCUUCUCCCCUUUCCCUUUCGGUUUAUGCUAACUUCCACGCAGCCGGUGAAUAUCAAUCCCACAUGAUCCCAUAAACAACCUAUUUUUUUCCUCUGCUUGUACCGUGUUUUCCGGAUAUUCAUGGAUAUUUCUGAUUUUCAUUUUCUCAAUUGACGUUUUACACCGAAUCAUAAUUUUCGAGCCAUGCUUUUCUUUCACACUUAGGGAUGACGCUGUCGUACGCUUGAAGGUAUUGAUCCUAAAAAUUUCGUGAAAUAUAUCGUAUUAGUGAAUCCAGGCUGAAGUUUUAUGAAACGAGCUGAUAAAAUCAUCUCUGUCUGCGAAUUGGCUGAUAUCAACCUCUAUCAAUGACGGAAAAUGAGUAAGGCAGAAUCACAUGGCUUCAUCUGUGACAAAAUAGAGAUUUGACGAUGGGAAUAGGUACUCCAUUUCUCAGAAUAUAAGGUUCACUUGGUUGAAAAAGGACUUGUGAAGGUGGAGUUGAAACCUGCUACUGUGCCUUAUCAUAAAGUCGGAACACACAAAAAAAUAAAAAAUGAAAAUUUGUAUCUAAGGAAUGUCAAAUGAAUCUAAGGAAAAAAUAAUUUGACCCAUGCAUUUCUCGGAAGCAGGAAUACAGCCUCUUUAUUGAAGUUUCAUACUAUAUUAUGUAGAGUGCAGAAAACUUUGCUCUGUUGAUAGGUUAACCUUAAUAUGUACCUGAUAUUCCUACCUUCAUAUUGCACAAGAUGCUCAUUAUUCCCGCGACAUCACUGGAUUUCUGCACAUGUAGAAUCAGCAUUGAAUAGCAUAUGUUCAUCAUAACAGUUUCCAAGCAAGAAUGCCCAGAGGAUUCAUUGCAUGCUCGCUCUAGGCACAGCAUUGAUCUCAUGGUCUCCUGUACUCUUCCGAUCAUCUCCCCUUCUUCUCAUGUGUUGGUGAAUACCAACUGUAUGUUGUCCUGGGUGCCAAAAUAACUCGGUGAUUUAAACAGUAUCCUCCAAAGGGUGACGCAUAAGAUCAUCAGUUGGCACAAUAGAAGAACAUAAAGUAAGUAAUGAUAACUUGUGUACCAUUGCAUGUUCUGUAGCAUUACAUCGCAAGUGACUGACUGACGUGUUGUUAUCGCUCACUGAACUUUUGUAUCAUGAGCUUGCUUCCUUCCCCCAAUUGCUGGUCCUUUAUGGGGAUUCCUUCAAUAAGUGUGAGAGCAACAUUGAGUUAUCCAAUUACCCAUGGCGCUCGCUUAAUGCCAGACCACAGCAGUCUUGUCUUGCUGUCGUAGACAUUUUUAGAUCAUUCCUAGAAAACUAAAUGGCGUGGUCUAGCUGUCAUGGGUGCAAGACUACCAGGAAGUACGCAAUGUCGACAAAAAAUUUCUCUACAUCAUCCUUGAGAAUGUACUACCAAAGAGAGAUGCUAGAUACCAAUGUGGCUUUGUUCAUGCCCUCUAGAUAGUCAUCUGUGGCCUCAUGAAAUGGAAAACUCUCUGGCUACUUGAUGGUGGGAGAAACGAAAUAAUAAUUUUCUCACUUGAGGCUGCAGUGGUAUAAUCUAUACGGCACCAAAGUUGUAGCUAUGGAAAGAUCGCAUAGUUGUUGAAGUGCUUGUCAUGUUUUGAAGUGAGUCUGUCUUGUUGCAAACAGACUACUUGUACUUUCAUCUACUUUCAUUUUAAGGCUUGUUGCCUGGAAAUUAUUCAGUCUAUGUUGCUAGAAUUGCUCAGAAUGGUUCAGUUCUUAACUUUUUGUCAUGUAACCCUUUUUUUUUUUGUGGUGUUCCAUAUCUGAUACUUGGUGUGGCGCUCACCCAUAUUUUUUUUCGUCACAAUCCCAUCAUUUUUUUCACCUUAUGAGUUAGCUUAACAUAGUGACAUUCUUUUUAUCUAGCUUACGAGUCCCUGUGGCUCGACCCGUCUGAAAUAGUAGCCUUGGGCAGUUCCAUUUCCACAGAGAAUUGGGCAACGUCUACACUCUCCGUGUUACUGUGCUUCUACUUGUUCUUUAGUUAUUCUAAUAUAAUAUUCUUCUCGGCAGGCAGGCAUUUUCUGUGCCAUCUCAGAUGCCUGGUCGUUUUGUGCCGAUCAUCUUUCUCCUGGUUCCUCUGAGACCCUGACCGAAUCCUUCUCAUAAUCUCAUGUUCUUGCAUUCGCCAGUGAAUAAUCCCAAGAAAAGUGGGCCGACACUGAAUGAGCCAUUCCUCGGCCUUCUCUAUCCGGCUGAGAAUUAUAAAGUGUAAGACCCCUUUCCUCCCUGUUCCGGCCCAAAAAUGCUACCUUUUCUCACCUUCUUGCGCUCCCUCCAUCCUCCUGCAGGUAUGGGUACCUGACCAACACGAAGGUGAAGUUCAUUCUGGUCACGACGGAUCUGGAUGUCCGAGAUGCAGAUGCCAGAAAUGUAAGCCCUAAUCACGCCGCAGUUUUAUAUUUCCUUUUUUGGUGUUCGUGUUCAUCAUGAAGAACAGUGCCCAGUUAAAGGAACCCAUUUUUUAAAAAAAAAUUCCAUUAAUGGAGUCCGCCGUCCUUCACCCGUCCAGUUCUUCAGGAGGUUUCAUGCGGCGUAUAUGGACGCUGUGUCGAACCCCUUCCAUGUUCCCGGGAAGAAGAUUACGACCAGGACAUUUGUGGAGAGAGUCGGUGCCAUCGUCAGAUCCUUCGGUUCCACCCUCCCCGCAUGA